UUUUUAUUUCAGUAUUGUUCCUGUAGCAAUCACGCCACAAAGGACAUGUACUAAUAGUUCAGAGAUUGUUAACCAUCCAACAAAUUAUGGGCAUUGUCACAACAAGACAUUGAAGAAACUACCUCUUUGCUAACAAUGAGUACUUCCACAAGGAUGGAAAUUGAUAUCCCAUUACAACACAUUGAACCGAUAGAAACGUCAUCCUUACCAACUUUAAACCAACAACAGAGUGAUGACAAUAUCACUAUGACAAUGGGACACGAUGAACUUAAUGACAUAUUAGCUAACCUUAAUAUAGACAAUUUACUAGAAAAUACCAAUAAUAUAAUAACCGAAAAUGUAACUGAAACUAUUCAUCGAAGAGGGAAUCAUUACAUGGCGGCAACUAAUCAUUACACAGGUCUAUAUACAUUGGGAACUUUCACUUUUACCUGUUCUCACUGUAGAGCCUUACAUUUUUUAUGUGAAAAAAAUUCCAGAAAUGUUUAUUCAAAUUGUUGUAAGGAUGGUGCAGUACAUCUGCCUCCAUUUGAUUCAUAUCCUGAACAAUUAAGAGUACUAUUUCAAGAUCGAGAAUUUAUGGAAAACGUGCGUUAUUAUAACAAUAGUUUCGCAUUCGCCAGCCUAGCUACCAAUACUAUAAAUCCGCCUGGUCGAGGACCUUAUGUAUUCAAGGUACAGGGAGAAAUAAGACAUUAUAUAUCAAAUGUUUCAACAAAUAUUUCUAAUGAACGCAGACAAUACGGCAAUCUAUAUUUUUUGGAUACCGAACUGGCAAAUCAGCUUCGGUCUGCUGGCCCACAAAAUCGAACGGAAUUAAAUCGAGAAACCGUCGAUGUUAUUUCUAAUUACAUGCACAGCCACAAUCCUUUUGCUCAAGCGUAUAGAUUUCUUAAAGAUGUCUAUCAGGAACAACAACAUAACAAUCGUCAACUAACUUUAGAAUUGUACAUCAAUAACAACCGUGCUCGGGAUAUUAAUUUUAGACAAUAUGGCGCAGUACAAGCGAAUGAAAUAGCAGCCGUAUUUAUUUCUGAAGAUGGAAGACCGCCCCUGGAUCGUUGCUUACAUGUUUAUUGUCGAGACAACGAUCAAAUCAUCCACGAAUUACCAUAUCUUAGUGUUAACUGCGACGCAAUGACAUAUCCCCUAUUACAUCCAAGAGGUGAGCCAGGCUGGCAAUCUGGAACAGCGCAUCAACGUAGAAGAGGCAAGCUGACGCAACAGUACAUCGUAGAUGCAUACGUAAAAAUAGAACAGAGUCGAUUACAAUUUAUUACUGAAAACCAACCACGCAUCAGGCAAGAAAUAUUCCAAGGACUAAUCGACUAUUUAGACUCUAGACAACUUGAUGUUCACUAUCAACCAGGCAAUAUUUUCAUCCUACCGUCAACAUUCAUAGGAAGCCCACGCGCAUUUAGACAAAAUUAUUUGGAUGCCAUGUCUAUAGUCACAAAACAUGGGAAACCAGAUAUUUUCCUAACAUUUACUUGCAAUCCUGUUUGGCCUGAAAUUAGGAAUAACCUAGAUACAAACCAACAUUCCUCAAAUAGGCCCGAUUUUGUUUCGAGGGUGUUUAAGAGCAAAUUGAAGGAAUUAAUAGAAGAUAUUGAUAAACGACAUGUCAUGGGAAUUUGCGUUGCUUACGUUUACGUGAUAGAAUUUCAGAAAAGAGGCCUUCCUCAUGCGCAUAUGUUGAUUUGGUUGGAAGGAUCAGAUAAAAUCUUGGACUCUGCAGCAAUCGACCGUUUAAUUUCAGCAGAAUUUCCCGACCCUAUCACGCAUCCCAACUUGCACGAAUUGGUCAAAGUACAUAUGCUUCAUGGACCUUGUACUGCUGCUCGAUGCUUAGAUGACGAAGGACAGUGCAGCAAACAAUUCCCGAAAUCUUUGCGUGAAGAUACAUUAUACAAUUCCUCUGGAUAUCCGCUAUAUAAAAGACGGCCAAUAGAAGUACCUAUACACAUAGGUAGAAGAACAGUAGAUAACGGUUGGGUUGUACCAUACAAUGCUUAUCUACUUGAAAAAUACGAAGCUCAUAUUAACGUAGAGGCUUGUUCUUCAAUAAAAAGCGUGAAAUAUUUAUUUAAAUAUAUAUAUAAGGAUUUGAUAGAGCUCAAAUUGUCGUGCGAACUGUAGAGGAACAAGACGGUCAAACAACAACUAUUCAGGAACCUAUAUACAACGAAAUUCAAACGUUCAUGGACGUUCGCUAUGUUAGCGCACCUGAGGCAAUGUGGAGAAUUUAUACAUUCGAAAUGCACGAUAUGUCUCAUGCUAUCAUCAAACUUACUGUACAUCUUCCCAAUAUGCAACAAG